AUGGGGCUCCUAAGAGUAUCUUCCUACAAAAAUUCUUACUACCGCGCGAGUCGAUACGUGAGGAAGUGCCCGGCCCAGCGGAGCAAGGGGUUUCUUUUCGUCCGCGCGCAGAGCACAGGCCCGCACCUUCCCGCGGAACCGAGAGGACAGGCGACGCGGCCUCCUCCCUGCGCGUCCGGCGGUCGCCACCCGCUCCGCCGAGAAGCUAACGCUGCCGAGCUGCCCGCCCGACGUCAGCGCCGCGGCGCGUGCGCGCGAAGCCAGGCGGCCUGUGGGCCCAGCCCAGCGGCGGAAAGGGAGACGACGCCACUGGGGGCCGACGGGGAGCUUCCGCAGCCGCGCGCCGCCCAGCGGCCAACCGCCCCCCGGCCUCGCGCAGCACCACGGACUCCCGGCCUUGACGCCGUCAGAAGGUGGGCCAAUGAACGGACCGGGAAAAGGCGGAACCCUCUGCAGGACCGCCCAGGCACCUACUCCGAGCCAGUCGAGUCACGAGACUUGGUGGAGGACGGAACUAAUCUGACUCGCGGUCGUCCUCGUCAUCGCCGCCGCCGCCCGCCAGGCCCUGUGUCGUCAGCUUCGUCUGGAGAGCGGCCCGGAGGCCCGAGACGGCGGCGGCCCCGUCCCAGGCCUCGGCCGCCGCGACCCCGAGCUCGGAAGCGGCCUGCGGGCUCCGGCAGUCGCGGGGAAGAGGAGGAAGAGGAGGGGGGGUGUGCGGACGACGGGGAGGCCGAGGAAGAGCCGGAGGAGGAGGAGGAAGAGGAGGAGGACUUGAUCGAUGGCUUCGCCAUCGCCAGCUUCGCCAGCCUCGAGGCCUUGCAGAAGGAUGCCUCUCUCCAGCCCCCCGAGCGCCUGGAGCACCGGCUGAAGCACUCGGGGAAGCGGAAGAGGGGGGGCUCCAGCGGGGCCGCCGGGGAGCCGGGGGACAGCUCCGAUCGGGAGCCCGGCCGGCCCUCCGGAGAUCGCGCCCGAAAAUGGCCCAAUAAGCGGAGAAGGAAAGAGGUCUCCUCCCGUCACUCCCUGGAAGCCGGAUACAUAUGUGAUGCGGAAAGCGAUCUGGACGAGAGGGUCUCCGACGAUGACCUCGACCCAUCCUUUACUGUUUCAACCAGCAAAGCCUCGGGCCCUCAUGGCGCCUUCAAUGGGAACUGUGAAGCCAAACUCUCCAUAGUCCCUAAAGUGUCGGGCCUGGAGCGGAGCCAGGAGCAGCCCCCAGGGCCCGAUCCGCUGCUAGUGCCUUUUCCCCCGAAGGAACCACCACCUCCACCAGCCCCUCGGCCUCCUGUCUCACCCCCUGCACCCCUGCCGGCCACCCCCAGUCUGCCACCCCCACCCCAGCUGCAGCUUCGGGUCUCACCCUUUGGCCUCCGCACUUCUCCCCAUGGCAGCAGCCUGGACCUCAGCACUGGCAGCUCUUCACGGCCGCCCCCCAAGGCCCCGGCCCCUCCCGUGGCUCAGCCUCCCCCCUCAUCAUCCUCUUCGUCCUCUUCCUCCUCAUCUGCCUCCUCCUCGUCCGCGCAGCUCACCCACCGGCCCCCGACGCCCUCACUGCCCCUACCUUUGUCCAACCACAGCUUUCCUCCCCCUGGGCUGCGGCCCCCCCCACCACCCCACCACCCCUCCUUGUUCUCCCCUGGCCCCACCCUGCCCCCACCCCCACCCCUGCUGCAGGUGCCAGGGCACCCUGGGGCCUCAGCUGCUAACGCCCUUUCUGACCAGGACCUGAUCGGCCAGGACCUGAACUCUCGCUACCCUGAGGUGGUGGGGGCAGGGGGCUCAGCCCGGCCCCUGGCCUUCCAGUUCCACCAGCACAACCACCAGCACCAGCAUACCCACCAGCACACCCACCAGCACUUCACCCCUUACCCCCCAGGCCUGCUGCCACCCCACGGCCCCCACAUGUUUGAGAAAUACCCAGGAAAGAUGGAAGGCCUUUUCCGGCAUAAUCCGUACACGGCCUUCCCUCCCGCAGUGCCCGGCCUCCCUCCGGGCCUCCCGCCGGCUGUCUCCUUUGGCUCCCUGCAGGGGGCCUUCCAGCCCAAGAGCAUGAACCCCGAGCUGCCACCACGACUGGGGCCAAUGCCAAGCGGGCUUCCCCAAAAGGGGACACAGAUCCCUGACCAUUUCCGGCCACCUUUGAGGAAACCAGGGAAGUGGUGUGCCAUGCACGUGCGCGUGGCUUACAUGAUCCUGAGACACCAGGAAAAGAUGAAGGGCGACUCCCACAAGCUUGACUUUCGGAACGACCUCCUGCCCUGCCUUCCGGGGCCCUAUGGGGCCCUGCCCACUGGCCAGGAGCUCUCCCACCCGGCUGCCUCCCUCUUCACUGCAACUGGUGCCGUCCACGCUGCAGCCAACCCCUUCACGGCAGCUCCCGGGGCCCAUGGACCCUUUCUGAGCCCCAGCACCCACAUUGAUCCCUUUGGGCGUCCCACAAGCUUCGCCUCCUUGGCUGCCCUCUCCAACGGGGCCUUUGGAGGCCUGGGCAGCCCCACAUUCAACUCCGGCGCCGUCUUUGCCCAGAAAGAAAGCCCAGGGGCCCCACCAGCCUUCGUCUCCCCCCCAGACCCAUGGGGUCGCCUGCACCGCAGUCCUCUGGCCUUUCCUGCCUGGGUCCGGCCCCCUGAGGCCGCCCGGACACCAGGCUCAGACAAGGAGCGGCCUGUGGAGCGGCGGGAGACUUCUAUCACCAAGGAGGAGAAAGACAGGGACCUCCCCUUCUCACGGCCCCAGCCCCGAGUAUCUCCUGCUACUCCCAAGGCCCGGGCUGGUGAGGAAGGGGCCAGGCCAGCCAAGGAAUCGGUGCGGGUAAAGGAAGAACGGAAAGAGGAGGCUGCUGCUGCCGCUGCUGCUGCCACCGGGCCUCAGGGCCUUCACCUGCUGUUUGAGAGGCCCCGGCCACCCCCCUUUCUGGGCCCUGGUCCUCCAGAGCGCUGUGCUGGCUUUUUGGAUCCAGCCUGGUUGGCAGGGCCCCCUCGCCUUGCAAGGCCACCCCGCUUCUAUGAGGCGGGAGAGGAGCUGACUGGACCAGGGGCAGUGACUGCUGCCCGCCUGUAUGGUCUGGAGCCUGCCCAUCCCCUGCUAUACAGCCGCUUGGCUCCUCCACCACCGCCUACUGCGGCCCCAGGAACCCCUCACCUUCUCAGCAAGACCCCACCAGGAGCCCUUUUGGGGGCACCGCCUCCACUUGUGCCCGCCCCCCGGCCUAGUUCCCCACCUAGGGCCCCUGGCCCAGCCCGGGCUGACAGGUGAGGGGAGGGGAGGGGCAGGGGCAAAGCUCCAUCCCCCUUUCCUUUUGAUAAGAUCCUAGAGCUGAGGUUUUAAGCCAGGGCUGGAGGGCAAAGGUCGAGACCUCACCAGCCAUCUCUGAGGUCAUGGAAUCUGAGAACAGAGCCCCAACCCCCAUGAGAUCAAGCAUCAGAUGAACCUUGGGGUCAUUGGGAGGGCAGAGGUCACACACUUCUAGAGAGGGGUGUGUGUGUGUGUGUGUGUGUGUGUGUGUGUGUGUGUAUGUGUAUGUGUGUGUCUGUACACAUACAUAUGAGAGUGGGGGUCACUUCAGAGGUCAUAGCUCAUAGAUCUCCUGAGGUGCACCAUCGCCCCUGAGGGCCCCUAGGCCCUUGGCCUGCCUCCCCAAGGGCUCACUAAGCCAGAGGCCAAAGUGCCCCCUCCCCUUCACCUACCACCCAAGUCCUCAUGCCCUCUCAGGGUUGGGGGAGGAGGGGCUAAAGGAAGGGGAGUUCCAUGUACAUAUUUAUCUCCCCUUCCACAUAGCCCCCCAGACCUUUUGUACAUUUUUACAGGGGUGCCCCUCCCAAUAACCCCCCCUUCCUGGUUAAUUAAAUCCUCAGACUGGUGCUGUGUUCCUAGCCUCUGGCCUCUCUGUGGGGGGAGGGGAGUUGCAGGGGGAAGAGCUGGGAGGGGACAGGCAGGCCCAGGGCUUAUCCCUAGGAAUAUGGGGUCCAGCAGGAAGUGGACCAACAGGGGAAGGGACCUGGUACCUAGGCUGGAAAGAAGUGCAAAUGCUUCCUGCUUGGCUGACAGCCCAGGUUCCCCCCACUUGUUCCUGUUACCUCUGUGUGCCCCAGCCCCAAAAGGCUCAACCUUUAAGCUUCAGAGUCUACUUCUUUCUUAGUGGCUCAGUGCCCCCACUCCAUUUCCAAGUGCCCCCAGGACUCCUGGGCCCUGCUCUCUAGAGCCUGUUCCCAGAGCCCUGCCCCAGGCUACGGAGGGCCAGAGAAGGUCACCAUGUACCACACACCAAAGAAGGGGGUCCGCUUGGGGUGGGCCACACAGGCAGCUUCCUGAGCAGCCUCUGGGCAGCAGCCUCAGCCUUCCCAAAGCGGCAGGUGCCCCCGGGCUGGGGCCCAGCCUCGAAGGCGGGGGUCAGUUUAACAAAAACAUAAUGUUGACUUUUUUCCCAGGUGGGGCUUAUUCUGUAACAUGACUUGCGGAUAUUUAUAUAAAAAUGAGUGUUACAAUGAG